UAGGCAAAUGAGAAAGCAAAUCUCUUGAAACAUAAACAGUGGUACUUCCCUGGAGGGAGGAGAUGGGGAUUCUCCUGUUGCUCUGAGUGUUGCCAGGUGCCAGAAGUGGUCCCCGGUGGUGGUGGACAGUUAUUCUGAGUGACGGCCCUUGCACACGCUUCUGAGUGGUUAUCAUGGGCUUCAUUGCCUUUCUGAAGACCCAGUUCAUAGUUCACCUCCUCAUUGGGUUCGUCUUUGUUGUGAGUGGACUGAUCAUUAACUUCAUUCAACUAUGCACACUAGUCCUCUGGCCCAUAAACAAGCAGUUGUAUCGCCGAGUAAACUGUCGCCUUGCCUAUUCACUUUGGAGCCAGUUGGUAAUGCUGCUGGAAUGGUGGUCAGGCACAGAGUGCACCUUGUUCUCAGACGAGGCCACGGUGAACACCUUUGGCAAAGAACAUGUCAUCAUCAUCUUGAAUCACAACUUUGAAAUCGACUUCCUGUGCGGCUGGACUAUGACAGAGCGCUUCGGAGUGCUAGGGAGUUCCAAAGUCCUUGCUAAGAGAGAGCUGCUAUAUGUGCCCCUAAUUGGUUGGACGUGGUACUUCCUUGAGAUUGUUUUCUGCAAAAGGAAAUGGGAAGAAGACAGAGAUACAGUUAUUGAAGGAUUGAAACGUUUGUCUGAUUACCCUGAGUACAUGUGGUUUCUCCUGUACUGUGAAGGAACUCGUUUUACAGAGACCAAGCACCGUAUCAGUAUGAAGGUAGCUGAAUCCAAGGGGUUGCCUAAACUGAAAUACCACCUGUUGCCCAGAACCAAAGGUUUCACCACUGCUGUCCAGUGUCUCAGGGGAACAGUUUCAGCAGUGUAUGAUGUAACACUAAAUUUCAGAGGAAACAAGAACCCAUCUUUAUUAGGAAUUCUUUAUGGAAAGAAAUAUGAAGCAGAUAUGUGUGUAAGGUGA